GAAAUUUUCGGGGAAACAGAAUGCCCGGCGCCGACAGGGCCGAGGCCUCAGGCCGCCGUGAUGCCGUCCGGAGCAUCGCCGGCAACAGCAAAUCAUCGGCCAGGAAGCUCUGUAGCCGCCGGGCUUCUGCACGCUGCAUCUCGCGCCAUCUUACAGGCCGGUGUACUUCCCCUCGUCCAGGUUAUAAAGCAUGGCGCUCUCUCCCCCCAAUUCCCGCUUUGCGCGGUGUCCUUUUUCUUUCUUACAUGCCCGGAGGCCUUAUCAACGCUGAUCGCCCAUAAUGCCGCCGUUGUCGGGUGAAGAGCGUAUACUGACCGUCUUUGCCGAUAUCCAUUAUUACUUUGCAGCGCCGACUCCCAGGCCCGUCCAUCACCGGUUUGACAAGGGUUGCUAUCUAUAUCUUUAUCUCAACGCCGCGAACAAGAUUCGGGUUGAAGUAGCAAAUAACCCAGGGACCCCCGAACAAGAUGCAUUCAACGGCGUUCUUGAUAAUAUCCACCUCCGUCAUUCAACUAGAUUCCCAACUCUCUGCACCGUGACCGUGGACGGACAGGUGCCGAGCCCACCCUCAGGUCAACCAUCAUUUCCGCCACCCCCAGGUGCCAUCUCAAAUGAAUGGCAGCUGGCUGGCAAUGAUUCACCGAGUCUUCUACGCCUCCAUACACUGGACAUAUAUUUCUGGACAACGGAUGAUGUCACUCAGUUUCUAGACCUGCUCGAGAGCCAUCUACCUCAGUCGCAAAUCGAGACAGACCGGCACCCUUUCCCGCCUCCGCCGCAAAGCACAGUCAGUUCGGUCGUCCAGCAGCUGGAGACCGUGGCCAUUACCGAUCCCGGCUACCAGAAUGGACAAACGCGCAAUUCUCAAUCCGAGGUUGUCUCAAACCCUGUGCCUAGCUACCAAGCUAUCACGCCACCAAGCAACCUCCCUCCUCCCCCUCCGUUGGGUGCAUUGGCAACGGCUACAUCGCCGGUAUUCCCGGGGACCCAGGUGGUUUCCAUCGAGGAGCAGAAUGCCGCCCCAACUCCCGCGCCUCUGCCGUACAACCCGGCUGCACCAGCAGCCCCAGAACCGAUCAAGCACCGGGAGAAGACACCACCCCCGGAUGACGCGGAGACCGGUACCGGACUUGCGACGGCAGCAGUUGUUGACAACGGGAUAGGAUUUACUCCGUCGUCUCAGAUGCCAGGUCUGUCGGCAACAAGAGGACUAUCCUCACCUCCUUCGGGUCCCGCCCCGCCGUAUACCAUGCCGGGGAGCUAUGCACCGCCCCCACCCAGUGCAGGCCUCUCGGGAUCCUUUCCAACAUCCAUGCCCAGCCCUGGGCUCCCGUCCUACUCCGCUUCAUUCCUGACAGGUGACGGCGCUGGCGCCGGCCUCAGCACCGUAGGACAACCCCCGAUGAACCCAGCUGCGACGCAGCCCCAGGUGACCAUGUCAUUCAGCCCGCCGCCGACAGAUCCCAAUGCGCACCUCUACGGACAGAGCAUAUUCAGAACCUCCACUGAAUUAUCUACUCCUCCCGCCCCGCUCCAAUUGGGUGGGUACGCGAACUACUCGUAUGAGCAACCAAAGCGCGAGGCCUCCGUGUCGAGCAACGACUACGACGUCCACAACCAGCUGUACCGACCUACGGCGCUAGAGUCGACGUCCCGGCACCAGAAAUACUCGCGAGAAGCGAUGAGGGACCCGGGGAAUCCGCAUCGGCCACAGUACUUUGUCAAGAAUGCAUACAAAGUAGAGCAUGGGGUGAACCGGCUGUUGAGGAAGCUCGAGAAGAGGUUAUGAUUAUGAUGAUUUAUGUUAUGUCUUUAUGCUAUAUCAACAUGUGGCUGAUUGAAUUGGGAUGCGUGUUAUUGUCUGCGUUUUGUACAUGGUAUUGAGCAAGACACUAAGGGAUAUACCAGGGCUGUUCAUAUUUGCUUCUGUGCAUAGUUUAGAAGAUUGUCAAUGCAAUGGCCGGUCAUCUUUGAACCCAAC